CUCUGUAUCGCAUUUUAUUAAAAAAUUCUUCGAAAAAAAUUUGCUAAAUCAUUUAUGGCAUGAAGGCUGAUUUUUUUGCCUUGACAACCAGGCUCUUUUAGCGAAAGUGACCUACGACUAAUUAUUUAUAACAAAAUGAGAAUUGUUCAUUUUCAAACAAAUUCCUGAACAACAAGACAGUCUUUGAAAAUCCUAUCUAUUGUCAUCAAAAAUAUAAAUAUUGUAAUAAAAUUUACUGAACUAAUUAUUAAAAUAAAUUUCUAUUCAUAUAUUGCUAUGAAAAACAAAAAGCGUCAAAAACUGUUUUCGGUGAAAUGACCUACCAUUAUUUGCUCAUAACAAAAUGCGGAAUGACCAUUUUCGAAUAAAAUCUCAACCUACCGGCGAUUGUUCGGAAGUCAUUUGUUCGAAAGGAGACUAAAAACAAAGAAGAAAAAAUGAAUCAGCGGAAGCCAGCUUCACCCUUCCUUUAUAUUCUAAAUUGUCUCGUGGGUUUGUUUGCAAAACCUUCCCCGCAACUCGUUUUCUCGUCCAUUCAGUUUUUAAUUCGAGGCCACGGAAAAAAUCGAAGCAGCUCGCUGGAGCAGAAACCAAAAUAGUCCUGUUUUUCAGAACAACGGGAAAAGAUACGUUCUUGUGUUGAUUAUAGAGUAAUGGUUGAGUUGCAUUUGGCGAACUGAACUGAACGAACUGGUAACUCGAUUUGGAAUCUUUAUUAGACGAUAGCGGCGAAUUGAGUUGUUCACCAUUGGUUUUAUUGAUCUUCAAAAUUGUAUUUGUGAAUAAUUGUUUGGUUAUUGUGAUGGUUAUAUGCUUCACGGAUAACUUGAAAAUGAUUUUGUUCCUUAAUCCUUCAUCUGUAUGUGGGGGUGGGAUGUAAGCUAUGUAUGGCCACUAUUGGAAGGUGUCGUUACUCAACCAUCCCGAUCCCUUGAUUCUUGGCAGCUGGUGAUGGGAAAUCCCCAUGAAGCAGCUCAGCGUGUGACUGAAUCCGGAGAAUCCUCUACUAGGACAGAAUCCUCUAGGGCCCCUCCAGUACCACCACGAGUUGAACCACCACCUUAUGAAAGUGUUGCAAAUGAUCCCAGUAUUUCAAGUCCUAUAGUGAACAGUGUUAUUAAUACCCACAGGAACUCAUCUGUGUCGACAUCCGAUGUGCAUAGAAAUGCUCGAUCGAGUCGCACGCCACGAACUAGAAACAGUGUUACCAAUAAUAAUGUGACUUCGCAAAGAUUGAGGCCACAAAAAUGGCCUCAUAAAGCUUCUUCAAUGUUUGCUUGUCUUUGUUGUGUUAUAAGUGUCAGCAAUGUGAGCAGGUUCUCCAUGCUUGUGAAUGUAUAUAAAGGAUGUUUCAUAUUUCAGUUCCUCCUCCUAUCCAUCUUAAUUGGUAUUCCUAUCCUCUACAUGCAGAUGUCUCUUGGUCAAUAUCUAGGAGCAGGAAUGCUAGACAUGUGGUACAUAUCGCCAGCUUUUAAAGGAUUGGGUUUUGCUAUGAUGUAUCUCUACAUUAUGUUGGGAAUAUACAAUGCUGUUCCUUUGUCCUGGUUGUUUAUUUACUUCAAAGAUUCCUUCAUUACUCUCAAAGACUCUUAUAAGUGGGGGAAAUGCCAUUUAAGUUUUGGAAGAAAUAGCUGUUUACGAGCUUUAAAUACAUCUUCAGCUGAUUUCUAUGGCUGGUCUGUUUCAUCCUAUUUCCAUGGAAGAGUUCUUGGGAGAAAAGCAGGAGAAUAUCAAAUUGGGGAGCUGAAGUUUGAAGUCGCAUUUAAUUUGUGUUUAGUAUGGAUUAUAAUAUUCAUUUGUUUGAGUCGUGGUUCAAAGACGUUUGGAAAAGUUGUUUAUGUAUUUGGUUUGCUCCCAAUUGCCCUGCUGCUGAUGGUGACUUUGCGUAUGGGACAGCAAUGGGGUGAUGGAAUUACAGAUCUCUUGUCAUUACGCUGGAGAGGGGUUUUAUUAGAUCCUUCAGCAUGGUGGCUUGCUGCAAGAGAAGCUUUUAUUACUUGGGGACUGUUUGGGACAGUUGCUUUGCAUAUUUGUAGUCAUAACAAAGCUACUACUAAUGUUACAAAGCAAUUAAUUGCCGUAGUUGUUACUGCCAUAGUGGUGCUGAUUAGUGCCUCGUUUUUAUUUGCUUGUGCUGGGAAUGUGUUGCUUAAAAGGAAUCUUUCUUUAGCCUUUUCUUCUUACGAAGAAGAAAAUUCUGUGAAAGUUUUGAAUCCGGGAAUAAGGCGCCUUUCCAACGUAUCAGUGACGAGCCUUCUUUUAGGGAUCAGCACUAUUCCCAGUGACAGUCAUACUUACCAAAGUGGGUAUCAAGUGUUGCGUCUUGCCACUGAAGCUUUUCCAGCUGCUCUGGCUGUCGAAGGUGUUCGCAGUAUUUCCUCCUUCUGGUCCAUAUGUUUUUACACGUCCAUGAUUCUGUUUGGAUUUGGGCAACAGGUUGUCAUGUGGUAUUGCGUAGUUGAGUCUAUUGUAGCUGUGAAUUACAAGGUUUUAAAGGCUUGGCAUACCACAUUGACAUUUAUAGCCUGUAACCUGGCGUUUCUCUUGGGACUGCCUAUAACAUCUAAUAUGGGAAUCUAUAUUGUGUAUUACUUGGACUUCUGUGUUAGCUCAUUGUGGUGGAUUGCUUUAAUAUACUUCAUAAUGUUAUUUGCCAUUUUAUUUAUUAGAGGCCGACCGUAUGGUACAGAUCAACUAGUCAAUGUCAUAAGUCGAAAUCCUAUAAGACGUUCUAAAAUAUUGCCAUUUUUUACAUUUAUGUGGAAUGUUGUUCUUCCUUUGUCAUUUUUACUGUUGACGAUAUCAUUUUUGAGAACAAGCUCUUUAGACCCUACAUCUACGAUGGGAGAAUUGAUGGAGAAUUACAGAUACUGGCAGCCGUGGGCCAAAACUUUAAACCUGUGUUUGCAAGUUUUCCCGCUCAUUCUCAUCAUCACUGUAUGCAUUUACCAGACGUACAAAGUUUUCACUUCCAAAAGGGAACAAACUUUUCUUGAGAAACUUAAACUUUUGUGCUGCCCUGUGGUGCCUUUGCCUCCCGUCAGCUCUCGGAGUUCCAUCGAUUCCAGUUCUUUUAGCCAAGGUUCGACAAAUAGUGCAUUUUUAGAUGAUCCUCCCCCCAAGUACACACCCCCACCCUCUUAUUCCACAGCAACAUCUCGCAUGAUCGCAAAACAAUUGGAAAAACAGCGUGAAGAGGAAUUGAACAACACCUGUGCUGUGGACUUUGAAAAUGUGGACUUGAAUCUGGGCAGUGCAGAUAAUGACUCGAAUGCCACUAUUAACUCAACUGAGCUUAUAUUUGCCCACCAUUCACAUGAAAUUCAAAGAAGUACUACUCGAAGAUAAUUU